GACGAACUGCGAAGGAUGGUUCUGCCUGUCGAGGGGCGCACGGAGCUUGUUCUUGAUGGCGUCGCUGCCGAGCUUGAACGCGGCGUCGUCCUCCCAGGAUGGGUUCCAGUCGUAGAGCGACCAGUAGCCCCCUGCUCCGACGACGUGCUUCGUCUCAUGAGACGCAGGUAGCACCACGAACACACGGAGCAAACAGCGCCGUGUGCCAGGGAUGUUACCCGCAACCCAUUCGCGCCAGCUACGUCUUCGUGUCAGGCACUUACUUGUCAUGCUCGUACCUGUGCUAACCAUGUCUGCCUCCCUGCUGACCGUGAUGAUCAUGCUCGCUCCCUACAACACUCGCCUCGUCGUUGCGUCCAUGAUCGUCGUACUGAUUCCCUUGUACGUCGUGCUCGCAUGUGUGCGUCGCGCUCACACCUGGCAGGUCUUUGAUGGGAACAAGGAAGAACAUACCUAGCUUCGAGUUGUUGGAGUCGCAAAGAGAGGACUUAGAGGUGACUCGACUGCCAUGUUGCGUGACGUGUUGAGCAUGUUUAGGGCAGACAGUGAACGGCGG